AUGUGAAAUCCUGGAGUCAAGAUUCCUCCAGGCUCCGAAAAUUUCCUGUGAUCCCUGCUUUGCAACUGACCAUCAUGAAGCUCUUGGCCUUCCUGACACUGGUGGCAGUUUCCACCAUCCUGGUUUCUAGCCAGGAUGAAGCAAUUGCUUCACAGGACACACCAGCUUCUGAAGCUACAGCCACGAACUCUGACCCCAGCGAAAGUACAGAUGCUCCCAGCGAAAGCACAGAUGCCCCCAGCGAAAGCACAGAUGCCCCCAGCGAAAGCACAGAUGCUCCCAGCGAAAGUACAGAUGCCCCCAGCGAAAGUACAGAUGCUCCUAGCGAAAGUACAGAUGCCCCCACCACAACCUCUGCUGAUUCCACUUCCACUGCUGCCAGCUCGACUGGUGCUUCAUCUACCACAAAGGCCACCUCCACAGCCAGGACUAGACAUACCACCAAUCGAUUGUGUUUAUUUCCACGGAUUAACAUAUUUUGCUGAGUUAUCAGUGAGAUGGAAUUAGCCUCGGCCUUCUGCAUUUGAUCCUGCUGGGCUGGGCCAAUAUAUCCCUUGAUUUCUUUUAAGGCAAUGAUUCCAUCCCUACCAUAUCUAUCCUAUCUCUAAUCAGUGUAUCUUCUUUAAAAUAAAGAAAUAAUGAGCAACAUGAAAAAAAAGA